UUUGACGAUCGUUCUACUAAUUGCCGACAUGGAGAGUCUUGAAGAUAUUCGUUACAUGAGAUGGCAUCAGCUGAGUUGCAACGCUAGCAGGAUAGCAACAGCAACCUUAAAUUCGUGCAAUAUGCAACGCUGGAACCACACCAGCCCCACACCCACAGUCAGCUUCAACUACUCUUUCACAUCUUCAUUUGAAAAUAUCAGUCUUGAGGACUUUUCGUGUAGUGGCCAAAUAAAAACCCCGAAUUUAAGUGACAUGUUGAAUUUUGCAUGCGACAAAUGCUCGCCGUUACAAGAGCCACAAGUCAAAGAGCUUUGGCGGCAAGGGAUUUGCCAGCAUCCUUCCAGCACCAUCUUCAACGUGGUCGUCUUCUGCCUCUACGUAGCCGUGCUAGUGGCCGCUGUAAUCGGCAACACGCUUGUGGUCUUCGUUGUCGGUGGAACAGCCAAAAUGAGAACCGUGACCAAUUACUUCAUCCUGAACCUUGCCGUUGGGGACUUGCUGAUGGCAAUAUUUUGCAUACCCUUCACCUUCGCCACCACCAUCAUCCUGCAGUACUGGCCCUUCGGAGCGGCCAUGUGCGUCGUCCUCAACUACCUCCAGGGCGUGACGGUGUUCGUGUCAGCGUACUCGCUGGUGGCGAUCAGCAUAGACCGCUACCUUGCCAUCAUCUACCCGCUCCGUCCGCGCAUGACGAGGCUCCAGGCCCGCGUCAUCAUCUGGCUGGUGUGGGUCCUCGCUAUCGUCACCACCGCCCCUCUCGCAGUCUUCUCACAGCUCAAAGAACCUGACGAUAACUACUACAAGAUCUACGAGCUGAAGGUCUGCAUGGAGGACUGGGGGGAAGGUUCUGAGCAAAGACAGGCGUCGUAUUCGGCCACGUUGAUGUUGCUGCAGUACGUGUUGCCGGUCGCGGUGCUUAUCUUCACCUACACAAGGAUCGGCAUUGUAGUUUGGGGCAAGAAGUCGCUGGGAGAGACUCCCGCCAGGCACGACAGAAUCGCCAGGAGUAAAAGGAAGAUGAUCAAGAUGAUGGUGGUCGUGGUGCUGGUAUACACGCUCUGCUGGCUGCCGUUCAACGUCUUAAUGGUGGUGCGUUCAGUGAAGUCAUCAGUAGACGGUUGGCCGGGGAUGAUAUACCUGUGGACGGCACUUCAUUGGCUUGCCAUGUCACACACUUGCUACAACCCCAUCAUCCUGUGCUGGAUGAACAAUAAGUUCCGGUCUGGUUUCUGCUACAUCGGCUACCACUUCCCCUGCCUGCGUCGCUUGGUCGACUCGUGCUUCAUGACGAAGAGAAAGGAAGAUCUCAUGAGGGCGACAACCCUAACUUCAACUCAAGGCAGUUCGCGAAGAUCCAGACUCAUCGUCACCAUAUCUCUAAAGGACGACUCAAUCAUCUUCAAAAGCCGUCACUGUAACGGAGCUUCAACCUCAACUCAGGACUGUCAAUCUAAUUUAGGUCCUAGGAAAUUCCUGAACGCGCUAGAAGAGAGCAGUUCUGACUCAAGAUUGUGAUGCGGAUCGCACUCCAUACACAAGACCAAAUCAUGUAAAUAUUGCCAAGGCACCGUAAAGCAAACUGAUGGCACAAGUGAUCGUUGUCGGGAGGAUCGGGAGGUAAAGUCGAGUGUGAAGACGACAAGAGAAGCGCUGGGAGACUUGGAAUGGCUUCCCCUCAACCUCCUCACGUCGUGAACGUUCAUUUAUAUCACUUCUCAAAUGUAAUUAAUGAUCUUGUAGUACGUCUAGAUGGUGUAGUCACACGUUGUAGAUGCAAAUCAAUGCUGCUUAGACUGUAAAUUGUUUACAUAACAUCAAUGCAUAGAUUUAUCGAAAUUAAAAGGCUUUGACAAGGAUUUUUACAUAAUUUACUUUCACGAUCAUUUCGAACAUUUCUUCUGGAUUAAGCCAAAUUAUAAUGAAAAUCCAUAUGAAAAUUCACAAGAUUAUUGUUUCGUUUGCAAAUUUGUCUUUUAAUGUUUUAAGCUCUUAUUUAGUUUGGGUAAAACGUCUGCCAAACCAUGAGGGACCGAAGCUUCGAAGUUCAUUUUAAUUUAAUAAUUUGCGACGUUAAGAUGACGCUUUGCAUUAUGUAUAUGAGGCUCAUGUUUACCUUGAAU